GCGCCCCCCGUGACGUCACAGACUGUCAUGGCGGCCCCCGUGGUGCUGGUGCAGGGAGCCAGCAGAGGCCUCGGGCUGCAGUUCUGCAGACACAUCCUGACCCGCAGAGCCGCCGCCGUCGUCAUAGCGACGUGCCGCAGCCCGGAGGACGCGGCGGAGCUGCGGGUUCUGACCGCUCAACACGCGGGAAGAAUCACCGUCCUCCGCAUGGACGUCAACCGGGAGGACGACGUGAGGCGAGCCGCACACACCGUCAGAGACACGGUCACACGGAUAGACCUGCUGCUCAACGCCGCAGCCACGCUGCCUGCUGAGGGGGGGAGAGAGAGGAGACCGGGAGGGGGGAGACUCCGGGAGGGGGAGACGUCACUGAGAGACGUCACCGCCGAGGGCGUCAUCUCCACGCUGACCACUAACGCAGUGGGCCCUCUGCUGGUGGGUAAGUACUUCUCCGGCCUCCUCCAGAAGGGUGGCGGUGGCUUCGGCCAGCAGCCGGCAGAGAGAGCCAGGCAGCACAGCGGCAUCAUGGUCAACAUCACCGCCAAAGUGGGGUCCAUCGGGGACAACGGUCUGGGCGGCUGGUACAGCUACAGGAUGUCUAAAGCUGCUCUCAACAUGGCCACCAGGAACCUGUCCAUCGAGCUGGGCCGCAGCCGACCCAAGGUGGUGUGUGUGUCCGUACAUCCAGGGACGGUGGACACAGACCUGUCCCGGCCGUAUCACAAGAACGUUCCGAAGGACAAGCUGUUCAGCGCCGAGGUCUCCGUGAACCACCUGAUGAGCAUCGUAGACGCUCUGAACAUGGAGAAGACCGGCAAGGCGUACAACUGGGACGGGACUGAGCUCCCGUGGUAGAAAAGGAUAAGUGGUGGUCCAAACGGUCGAAAGACAAACCUCUUCCGCUACCUCACAGCGAAUCAAAGUGCUUCAAUCCUUAAAGCCUUAUGUGCCGUUGAUGCAAUUGUAAAGAUACUUAUGGGAGAGUGUCUUUGUGGAAAGCUAUCCUCUCAGCAACUCUCCCACAAAACAAAUAAAAUGUUCCUUUGUUGUUGUUUCAAUCCUUAUUGUUGAAUAAAAAGAGAUUAAAUUGGGUUACAUGUGCCACAUUUGUUCUGUUAACGUACAUUAAAUAACUUCAUUACAUUUGUCAUAUACAUGCAGGUACAUAAAUGACAUUUGAUCCUAAAAAAAUAAGGAUUUAAGCACCUUGAGGUUCAGUUUAUUGCUCGAGGACACUCUGACAGCAGGAGCUGGGGAUCGAACCACAAACCUGUUAAAUAAACCGCUUUACCAUCUGAGCUACAGCUGCACCCAUAAACAGCAGCAACGUGUAUUUAUUAAUAACUCUAUUUAUAUAACGCCUUUCAAAACAAAGCUACCGUUUAAUAUUAUAUAUUAACAACCAUGCAGUCUGAAUAUUUGAUAUUUUAGUUUUUUACGUUUAAAUUGUACCUUUUUAUUAUACCUUUAAUGUGUGAAUACCUAUUUAUUAGACUUGUUUUGUUAUUGUUUUUCUACUUGCUAACAUCCACGCUGCUGGACGAAUAAAGGAUUGUCUUAUUUUAGCUUAUCUUACCACCAUAUGGUGCAAAAAGCAUUUAAAUCUCCCUCUAAUAAUUAAAUGAAAAACUAUUAAUUCCUCACUUUUCUUUCAUUUAUUCCGUGAGCAGAAAUGGACUCACGGUUAUUUAAUUUAAUCCAGAAGAUGGCAGCAUUUCAAGACUUACUUACUGUCCUCACUGGGUGAGUGACGGUGUGGGGAAUGAUCUGUUCAUCUGUUGUCUGUGAUGGUCUCCAUGACGGUCCCUUGAUUAAUGGGGUUUGUUACCGUGGUAACGGUGAUUUCAUGCCUGCAGGGCUACGUUUGUGUUCAUGUUAAUCAUUUUG